CAUCCACACAUUCCUGAGUGUGUUUCUCCCUGAGGGCACCCAGUCAGGACUUGUCCUGUCCUUCGUGUCCUCGCCUUGUCUCGCCUCGCGGCACAGACAUCAGUCUAAUCCAUGCCUUUUUCGAUCUCUGCACAGCUGCACAGAUAACAACCUCAUCUGUAUCAUAACACACAGUACACCUUGAGAUUAUGUUCAAAUCUGUGCUGUGUGGAGAUAAGUGAAAAGCUGCGGAAACCUCGGUUCAGAAAUCUUUUCUUUACUCCUGCUGGACACCCAGUGGGAGGGACUAAAUAAGUGUGUAUCACCCACGGGGACUAAACACGAACUCCCCUCAGUAACACUGGCUGGAGUACGAUGAAAGAUUGUUUUUAGGCUUAAUAUGUGUUCAUCGUCUCGUCUCGCAUGAGGAUUAUCUAUGUGUGCUGAGCCGCAGCUGCAUCUGAAGUGAGACCUCGUCCUAGGCAUCUCGAAUUUCGCAGUCGAUGACCUCAUCAACAGGGUAACUGACACUUGUAACAACUGCACGAUGGCCAGUCCAGAAGAUGUGAUCGAGCCAGCGGCUCAGAGCUCGACAGCACAAAACCUGGGGAGAAGGCGUUUCUCACAUGACAUCCACAACCUUGGUUCAGAUGAGUUAGACAGCCUCAUGUCCAGCAGUGAGGGCCGUCCUUUCCUGGUGGUGCAUCAUCUUCCAGAAGUAAAGGAAAAGGGUAUACCUUUCUUACUGCCUGGUGUCCCUAUUAUAUGCAAAGUGGACAACACAGAGAAAUACACCACUCGCUCAAAGGUCCGUGUAGGCACCCUGUACACUGUGCAGCUAACACAUGGUCCUUUCCACUGGACGGUGAAGAGGAAGUACAAGCACUUUCAGGAGCUGCAUCGAGACCUUUACAAGCACAGGAUGAUGAUUCACUUGCUGCCCCUGGGAAGAUUUGCAAAGGAGAGGCAGCAGCUGAGAGCCAUGUCAGAGGAAAUGCCCAGUCUGCAUGGGACUGAACGGACCAGAAGGACCUCCAGCAAAAUGAAAUACCUUGAGGAGUACCUGAAUGGUCUGCUAGAGAAUGCAUUCUGCAGGAAUGAUCACAGCAUGCUGGAAUUCCUCUCCGUCAGUGCUCUCUCCUUCGUCACUGAUCUUGGACCCAAAGGCUUGGAGGGGCCCAUCAUCAAAAGGUCAGGGGGUCACCGGAUCCAAGGCCUGAACUGCAUCGGUCAUCAUCAGUUCUGUUUCCGCUGGUCUCGCCGCUGGCUGGUGGUGAAAGACUCCUUCCUGCUGUACAUGAGUCGAGACAACGGUUGCAUCAACUUUGUGUUGCUGUUUGACCCAGAGUUCAAAGUGAAAGUAGGCCGUGCUUACACAGACACUAAAUAUGGAGUCUGCAUCGAGAACUUCACUCGGAGCCUGAUCAUCAAAUGCUGCAGUUACAGACAGUCUCACUGGUGGAGUCAUGAAAUCAACCGGCUGGCAGAAUCCUGUGACUUUCUCAAAAUGCAACGUUUUGAUGGGUUUGCUCCACCACGCGAGAGCACGCUCACUAAAUGGUUUGUGAAUGGAAGCAACUACUUUGCGGACCUGGCUGAUGCUCUCGAACAAGCCAAGGAUGAAAUCUUCAUCACAGAUUGGUGGCUCAGCCCUGAAGUGUUCCUCAAGAGACCAGCAACUGAUAACUACUGGCGCCUGGAUGAGAUACUCAAACGCAAAGCAGAACAAGGAGUCAAAGUGUGUGUUCUUCUGUACAAAGAGGUAGGGAUGGCGCUUGGCAUCAAUAGCGAGCACAGCAAGAGGACUCUUAUGAAUAUGCACCCAAACAUCAAGGUAAUGCGACACCCUGACCAUGUGUCGUCUGUGGUGUUCUUUUGGGCUCACCAUGAAAAAAUGGUGGCCAUUGACCAAACAGUAGCCUUUGUCGGGGGGAUAGACCUGGCGUUUGGAAGGUGGGAUGACAGCCAGUACCGGCUGACUGACCUGGGUUUGACAGAGACGUCCAUCAGUGCUGCUGAGGGGGAGCCAAAGGGAGAUACAGUAGAUAAUGGUGUGGCUGAUGGUCCAAAACCUUCUGAACCAGAUAAGCCAGCAGAGCAGGGCCCUGAUGACCUGACUAGCAACACUAAACUGUGGCUUGGCAAAGACUACAGCAACUUUAUCAUGAAAGACUGGGUCCAACUGGACAAACCGUUUGAAGAUAAUGUCGAUCGCACUCAAGUUCCUCGCAUGCCGUGGCGUGAUCUGUCUGCAGCUAUUCACGGCAGAGCUGCCAGAGAUGUAGCCCGCCAUUUCAUCCAGCGCUGGAACUUCACCAAGAUCUUCAAAAACAAGUACAAGGACGACUUCUACCCAUACCUUCUUCCCAAGUCUCAGUGUACCGCUGACUCACUCUCAUUCAUGGUGCCUGGGUCCAAGAAAGCCAAAGUGCAGGUGUUGCGCUCUGCCGAUCGUUGGUCCACUGGAACCUGCGAGAGCUCGAUUCUAAAAGCCUACAUCAACACCAUCGAGAAGAGUGAGCACUACAUCUACAUUGAGAACCAGUUCUUCAUCAGCUGCACUGACGGGAAGACCGUCCAUAAUGGGAUCGGUGAUGCAAUUGUGGAGCGAAUCCUGCGUGCACACAGAGAGCAGAAGAAGUACAGAGUGUUUGUGGUGAUUCCUCUGCUUCCUGGAUUUGAGGGAGACAUCAGUGCAGGUGGUGGAAAUGCCAUCCAAGCUAUUCUGCACUUCACUUACAGGACCAUGUGCCGAGGGGAACACUCCAUCCUGUCAAGGCUUAGUGAAGUUGAAGACAAGUGGAGCGAGUACAUCACCCUCUGUGGCCUGAGAACACACUCUCAGCUCUCCGAGUCGCUUGUCACAGAGCUCAUCUAUGUUCACAGCAAGACCCUCAUUGCUGAUGACCGCUGCUAUAUCAUUGGAUCAGCCAACAUCAACGACCGCAGCAUGCUGGGCAGUAGAGAUAGUGAGUUGGCAGUGUUUGUGGAAGAUGAAGAGAGGGUCCUCUCCGUCAUGGGAGGGGAAGAGUACCAGGCAGGACCCCUCACGCUUGCUCUGCGCAAAGAGUGUUUCAGUGUCCUUGUUGGAGCUUCUUCAGACCCCAGUAUCAAUAUUGACGAUCCAAUCAGUGAUGAUUUCUUCUUCAUGGUCUGGAAUGCGUCUGCUAAACUGAAUGCCACCAUUUAUGACAAGGUCUUCAGGUGCCUGCCACACAACUCUGUCCACAACAUGCAAGAGCUGAAGGAGUACUCCUGCAAGGAACGUCUCUGCGACACAGACCGCGAGCAGGCCAUAGAGGAGCUGAAGGCCAUCCGAGGGCUGCUGGUCCACUUCCCCCUCAAGUUCCUGUGUGAGGAGAACCUGUUGCCUCCACUGAACACUAAAGAGGGCAUGGCUCCUUUAGACCUGUGGACAUAACCGCAACUCGGCCCAGAUCAAACCACUACAAAACAGCUGAAGGGCUGCCGUGCCACAUGCUCCUCCUUGUAGUUUCAGCUCACAAAAUGCUCAGCACAAUACACUAAAGUAGUUACAGCACAGGCACUUCACCAGUGAGGAAAAGACAUCACCUAGCACAACAUAUUUUAUAAUCACUGAUGUUUUUUAUAUUGUGUUUUUAACUGACGAUGGGCUAGUCUGAACAUAACCACUGUAGUGUAGAUUUUGUGAUGAUUGAUAAUCUGCUAGAACAGUAGAUGAACCUCCACUGGCCAGUCUGUUCAUGAUGGCAGCCUCUGCUUCAUAACUUCUACAGUGCAAUCUGAACUGCAGGGCUGGCAGUGGUGCAAAACAAAACAUAAAUGAAUGUAUGAGUCAGGAGAGGAUUGCAAGGUUGUAUUGGAAAUCAAGCAUCUCACAUGAUCUGGGAACAUAGUGUACAUUUGUUGGUGCAAGGUUUUUGGGUGGGUGGGUGUCUCUGUCUCUAUCUCUGUCUCUCUUUCUUUCUCUCUCCCUCGCUCUCACUCUCUCCCUCUGAGGCUUCACCUCUCACUGCAGUGCCAGCAAAUCUGUCAGAACAUUUGUGGUUGUUAUGGUGACGGAUAUGACUGGAUUGGAGCUGAAAUAAAGACUGGAUAGGGCAGAAAAGGGAGAGUGCUGAUAAGAGGGAUAACUUGCUAAAUCAGGAUGGUGUACCGGAAAAUAGAAGGUAAUAUGCUGAAAUAUGUUGUCAUGUUUUUUAAAAAGAGUCAUCAUGACAACCGAGUGAAUUAUUAUUUCACCAUGUUGUCAGGAGUCCAGAACAGAACAUUCCACUAUCCACUUGGCUUUGAGAAAGCUGUGUAAAGCAGAGACACAUAUUGUUUGACCAUUUUACAUCUAUUUCUGUGUGUGCUCCACAACGUUGUGUCCAGGUGUCUUGCAUGUCAAUCCUAUAUUAAUUUGCUUACAGUACACAUUUGUUUAGGUGUGUUACAUUUAGCCAUAACACUGUAACUGAGUAGUGACUUCAUGUGGCUUUCAUUCAUGGUGCAAUUUCCAUAGUUAGAGCAUCAUCAAGUCAUAUUUAUAAUCUUAAACUGCAAAGAAUUUGAGGUUUUCUUCAAUAUAAAAUGUUAGUUAUUUUCUUAAGAGCUGUUAAUUGCUUUCACUGAGCCACAAGUAAUUAAUUUGGAAAAGUCUUGCACUGGACAAAUAUGUAGCAACAGUGAUAAGUGUAGACAGGCAACUUCCCUUUCUUUAAGAUAUUGCAUUGACUGAUCUGGAAUUCAGCAGAACAUACAAUAGAUGGCUUCCACGUGUCACAAAACAGGACUCAGGUUUUUGUGUAAUUAUAAAAUGUAAUAAGCAUGUUUCAGCUGCUAGACUUGGGUGACAGAAAAGAGAAAGGGAGUUUCACCAAGGUUGGUGGGGUGGGGUAGUUGACCUGAGAUUGGACACCAGGUGUUAGUUAGAACAUUUUUAUCUGUUUUGGGGGCUUCUCAUAUGGAACACAAACUGGCCAAGUUUAUCAGUGCUUCUGUAGAGCACUGCUGUCAUAUCUCUGUUUUUAGAGAACAACCAGCAGAGAGGCAGACAAAAGGCAGCACAAGAAGCUUAUGAAUUGGAAUUUAUGUUACAGAAUUUUUUAGCCUUUUGGAGGUGUUGCUGUUAAACUUUGAAAUAUGUGAAAAAAAAUUGUCCCAUGUGAUUUAGAGAUUUCUGUUGUCUGAUAAUAUGGACUGAUGGAUUGAUGUACAGGACAUUACCAUAAUCCAGGUGAUAAUCCAAAAAAAAAAAAAUUGUAAACUUGUUGAACCCAUGACAGAGCCAGAAAAAGUGCAUAGAUUGCUUCAUAAACUUCUGAGAAAUGUCUACAAGACUCACCUGCACUACCUAGGUGGGUUCCGUGUAGACUUGUCUGUGAAUGUGAUGCAUGACAAGUGGCCCACGUGAACCCUCACCUCUACAUGAAACACCUUUCACAGCAGAGCCAGUAAACCCAUUUCUCUAUAACCCACUGUAUGUGCUAGCCUAUCUUUAUAAAGCACAAACUAGUUGCUUUGAGUGGUAUUUGUUGAAAGAUUAUGCAGAAAUGUCUAUGAUAUAUUGAGAAGUGACCUUAUACUGUUUCUAUCAUAAAUUUUAUUUUUAUUUCACUUCUAGCCAGCAUUACCAAUACAUUUUUAUGAUUAUAUUAUUAAUAGAAUGUUUUGCUGUUUUAGUCAUGCCUAUUAUUCUGAACAGUCACUAUGUGAAAACCUGUGGGUGCAUAUGCAGUCACUGAUGUAUCAGUUACUAAUACUCAGGGGUAGAGAGAUAAUAAAUAUUAUUAUUCAGUCACUAAAGUGCAGUUAUGAAUAGCUUGUACUUCCAGGUAUGUUACUUUUCAUGUUUCCUCAAUAAACUUUUUUUUAUGGAAUUUCAAAGUGAA